AUGUUGACCGGCCCAGAGCCAGCCCACCAGGAAACACCAUCCCAAUCCUCAUUUUGCUCUUGCCUCAUCCAUCGCGACAUGCCCACCGCAGACGACGUCCUCACGGCGGCAAAGCGGAUCGGAUUCACAGUCCCGCCACAGCACGUUGACGAGUACCGUGAGGAACUCGACAGCAUCGAUGAGGCGGUACGCAAGGUCCUCGCCUGCCCAGAUUACAAACCAGUCGUAGAUCGUUCCCGAUGGCCACGGACCGAGAUACAUAUGCCCACAGGCCAUGAGAAUCGUCUUCGAGGCUGGGCUUACCGCGCCAACGUUGGCGGCACUGGUGCAGACCAGGCGCUAUCGGACAAGAGGGUCGUGCUUAAGGACACGAUCUGCCUGGCUGACGUGCCUCUGCUCUUUGGGACGGAUGCAUUUGAGGGCUAUGUGCCCGAUGUAGAUGCGACAGUCGUGACCCGCGUACUUGAGCACGGUGGUCGCAUUCUUGGCAAGGCCAUGUGUGAGAACUUUUCGUAUGGCGGCCAGUCAUCGUCAACACCGUACGGGCCUGUCGAGAACCCAUAUGCAGUGGGGUUUUCGGCUGGUGGAAGCAGUUCCGGGUGUGCCGCGCUGGUGGCAUCUAACGCUGCCGAUAUGGCCAUUGGCGGCGACCAAGGUGGUUCGAUUCGUAUUCCCUCCGCGCACUGCGGUCUAGUCGGCCUCAAGCCAACUUUUGGACUAGUACCUUACACUGGUAUCAUGACAUUCGACCCAGCAGUCGACAGUGCCGGACCCAUGGCGUCCACUGCCUUCGACGCCGCGCGCUUACUCUAUGCGAUUGCAGGGUACGACGGCAUCGACGACCGCCAACUCGGUGCUCCGAGGCCCAAGAAUGUUGAAGACUAUGGGGCCACAGUACUGGCUUCGCGCCAAGGCACUCCCAGCCUUAAAGGAAUUCGGAUUGGAGUCCUAAAAGAGGCAUUCGAGGAAGAACGGCUUGCACCGCAGUAUGCAGCCUCUGUUGAAAAGGCGAUCAAGGAUCUGGAGCGGCUUGGGGCCACUGUUACCCAGGUAUCGGUUCCUUUUUUCAACAUGGCACGAACAAUUGAGUCGGUGUGCGUUGACUUUGCAGCCAUGCCGACACGGGAAGGGAUGCAAGUUGGCCGGCGCGGUCUGUACCUCAACGACUACUGGGACCAACUCUUGCCUUGGACCCAGGACAAGUUUGAAAAGGCAAAGUACUUUGUGACGGGAUGUGCUCUCAAUGGCGCGUACGCAUGGUCCCAGCACCCAACCGCCUAUGGUCGCGCAAUGAACCUUGCCCGCAAAUUGCGUGAUGAUUUUGACGAGGUGUUGGAGGACUUGGACGCCAUUGUGACCCCAACCGGCAUCGAACCUGCGCGUCGCCACCUGUCCUUUAAUGGUGGCCCAGCGGAAUGGGAUAGCAUCAGUUGUGGCGUGUUCACCAGCGCUUUCAACCUCACAGGUCACCCUGCGCUAUCUGUUCCAAAGCGAUCCGAUGACUCCUACAAGGGGGUCGAACCCGAAGUCGUCGUUACCGAUGCCUACCCAACAGACGUCGAACGCCACCUCGAGGAAAAGGACCACCACCUUGCCAUUACCAACGAAGGCGACCACGGGACAAAGCGUGCCCUCCCAGGACGCAUCACUUCCAUGAUUGCCAUCGCCGGCACGAUUGGAACUGGUCUUUUCCUGGGUUCAGGCUCCGCCAUCGCACAAGGUGGUGCCGUGGGAACCUUCCUUGGUUAUACGGUGCUCAGCACAUUCAUUGGCUUCAUGAUGUAUUCUCUUGGCGAGAUGGUCUGUUUCAAGCCCAAUAUCGGAGGUUUUAUCGAGAUGGGAAACAACUACGUUUGUCCGUCAUUCGGAUUUUUAAUGGGCUUCUCUUUCUGUCUCAACGUCGGCCUCUCAGUCCCCUCGGAGCUUUCGGCUGUGGCAGUCCUGAUCGGCUACUGGGACUCAAACACGAAACAUGCGGCCGCCUACAUCACCGCCUUCCUUUUCCUCACGUGGGGGUGCAAUUUGCUUGGAGUGCGAUGGUACGGUGAAGCCGAGUUUGUUUGUGGAAUCAUCAAGUGCCUCAUGCUCGUUGGCCUCAUGAUCUUUGGCUUGAUCGCGGACCUGGGAGGAGUCCCUGGUCACCGUGAAUUUAUCGGCGGGAAGAUCUGGAGGGAGGCUCCGUUCAACCCUACCUUCCGCGGGGUCUCACCGGUGGCUCUUGCCCAGUUCCUUGGUUUCUUCUCGACUUUCGUCAAAGCCGCAUUCGCAUUUUCUGGAAUUGAAGCGAUUGGUCUCCUUGGCGGUGAAGCACACAACCCUCGCAAGACUCUACGCACUGCAAUCCGCACCGUGUUCUAUCGUAUCACUGUGAUCUACAUUCUCGGCAUUUUGAUUCUCAGCCUCAACAUUCGCUACGACGACCCAAUGCUUCUUGCCGCCAAUGACCUCGGCGGUGACACCGCCGCCUCGUCUCCAUUCGUGGUUAUCGCCAAGCGUUGCGGUGUUGACGCCCUUGCUCAUGUGAUCAACGCCGUUGUCGUCACCUCGGCAUGGUCGGCUGGCAACGAAAGUCUCUAUGGCAUGGCUCGCGGCCUUAUGGGCAUGAGCCGUAACGGCUACGGCCUCAAGUGCUUCCUGUGGACCACCAAGCAGGGUGUGCCUUGGGUGGGCGUCUCAAUCGGUUCGGCGUUUGGACUGCUUGCCUACAUGUCUUGCUCCAGCGGCUCAAACCAGGCCUUUACGUGGCUCUCCGACCUCACGGGACUCAUGAACCUCAUCAACUGGGCCUGCAUUUCGUUCUGUUUCAUUCGCUUCAAGGGCGCCUGUGACGUCCAGGGUCUCGAUCGCCGCAAUUUCCCUCUUCGCGGCUGGUGCCAGCCGUACAUGGCUUGGAGUUCGAUGAUCUGCUUCCUCAUUAUCACCUUGUUCAGCGGUUUCAAGGCGUUUGUCCCCGUUUGGGAUUACCAGAGCUUUAUCGCAAACUACAUCUCGAUCCCCGUCAUUCUCCUCGCCUGGCUUGCCUGGUGGAUCUACCGUCGCGACUCACUCAUCCCGCUCGACCAGAUCGACCUGAGCGGUGGGCCUGCCAGUGCCCUUAUUGGCACCAAGUAUGCCGAGCAGGCGAUCGCCUAA